CGGUGCGUGGAAGCAGUGGACCAACGAAUCAACAGCUUGAUGACUGCUGGAAGAAACCAUCUUAAACCACCAAUUAAUCUCCAUCAUUUUCAUCAAGAAUUAUCCAUGCAAAACCGCGUUCAGUGACUUCUCUGUGCAUGUCAUUGAUUACAGCCAAAUUCCUUACAAUAUCUGUCCAACUGGCCACAGCUGAAAUGCACCUUCCUUCCUUCCAAGGCACAUCUCAUCCACUGCCACAACUUCUCCUAUAAAUACCCACCAAAUCAUGCGCCAUCUCCUCACUUCAAAACAACUAAUUUUCUUGCAAAAAAACAAAAAAACUCUCUAAAUUUCUCUCAAUGGCUUCUUUUCUUGCUUCUUCAAGGGUUCCAAUGUCGGUGGUAUUGGUCUUGUUUACACUUGCUUCUUUGAUGGGGUCAUCUCUUGGUAACUUCUACCAAGACUUCGAUAUUAUGUGGGGAGAUUGGCGUGCUAUGAUACUCAACGAUGGUGAGCUUCUCAAUCUCAAUCUUGACCAAGCUUCUGGCUCAGGAUUCCAAUCCAAGAAUGAGUAUUUGUUCGGAAAGAUUGAUAUGCAACUCAAGCUUGUCCCUGGCAACUCUGCUGGCACUGUAACUGCCUACUACUUACAAUCAAAAGGGUCGGCCUGGGAUGAGAUAGACUUUGAGUUCUUGGGGAACUUGAGUGGAGAUCCUUACAUUCUUCAUACUAAUGUGUAUAGCCAAGGCAAAGGCGACAAGGAGCAACAAUUUUAUCUCUGGUUUGAUCCAACUGCUGAUUUCCACACCUAUUCCAUCCUUUGGAACCCACAAAGAAUCAUCUUCUUUGUAGAUGGCACCCCUAUUAGGGAGUUCAAGAACAUGGAAUCGAUUGGUGUUCCAUUUCCAAAGUAUCAACCAAUGAGACUCUACUCUACUUUAUGGAAUGCAGAUAACUGGGCUACAAGAGGUGGUCUCGUCAAGACUGAUUGGUCACAAGCUCCUUUCACUGCCUCCUACACGCACUUCAAUGCUAAUAAUGCUUGUGUUUGGUUCAACGGUGCAUCUUCUUGUGAUUCAAAUAAUUUCUCCCCUCCUUCUUGGCUUUCAGAGGAUCUUGAUUCAGCAAAUCUUGAUAAGCUUCAAUGGGUCCAAACGAACAACAUGAUAUAUAAUUAUUGCGCAGAUGCCAAGAGGUUUCCCCAGGGAUUUCCUCCAGAAUGCAACAUGUCUUAGAGGGAGAAGUAGACACAGUCACCCAGCAAUGCAUGGUUUAUAUUAAUUAUUAAUUUCUUUCAUUGUUUUUGGUUUCCCCAGGGAUUUCCUCCAGAAUGCAACAUGUCUUAGAGGGAGAAGUAGACACAGUCACCCAGCAAUGCAUGGUUUAUAUUAAUAAUUAAUUUCUUUCAUUGUUUUUACUCAUGCAAAUUACAGAUUAAUUAAUAAAUGUAUGUAUGAUUUUUUUUUU